GUAACCACCGGCUCAGGCUUGCGCACUCCCCGGGGCCCGUGCUGAUAGCCAAGAGGGCGACGCGGAAGGACAGCAUCCACUGUGAUGAAAACGGGGGCUUUGCGUGGACCGUCCACGCGCCGUCCAGCCUUGAAGACACCCCCUCACUGUACUUGAAGCCCCUGCCAGGGAGGGACUCGGGACCCCCUGGACAGAAGAUACUGAUGCCAACGCGUCCUCUCCCGUCGGCCGGGCAGGUGGUCUUUAGCAAGUACUGCAACUCCAGCGACAUCAUGGACCUCUUCUGCAUCGCCACCGGCCUGCCUCGGAACACAACCAUCUCCCUGCUGACCUCGGACGACGCCAUGGUGUCCAUCGACCCCACCAUGCCCACGAAUUCUGAACGCACUCCCUACAAAGUGAGACCUGUGGCCGUCAAGCAAGUCUCUGAGAAAGAAGAAUUAGUCCAGACCGUGCUGACCCAGGUUGCAGAGCAGUUCUCAAGAGCAUUUAAAAUCAACGAACUGAAAGCAGAGGUUGCCAGUCACUUGGCAGUGCUGGAGAAACGCGUCGAAUUGGAAGGAUUAAAAGUGGUGGAGAUUGAGAAAUGCAAGAGUGACAUUAAAAAGAUGAGAGAGGAGCUGGCAGCCAGAAGCAACAGGACCAGCUGUCCCUGUAAGUACAGUUUUUUGGAUAACAACAAGAAGUUGACUCCUCGACGGGAUGUCCCCACGUACCCCAAGUACCUUCUCUCGCCGGAGACCAUAGAGGCCCUGCGCAAGCCGACCUUCGAUGUGUGGCUGUGGGAGCCCAACGAGAUGCUGAGCUGCCUGGAGCACAUGUACCACGACCUCGGCCUGGUCAGGGACUUCGGCAUGAACCCCGUCACGCUCAAGCGGUGGCUGCUCUGCGUGCACGACAACUACAGGCACAACCCUUUCCACAACUUCCGGCACUGCUUCUGCGUGGCGCAGAUGAUGUACAGCAUGGUCUGGCUCUGCGGGCUCCAGGAGAAGUUUUCCCAGAUGGAUAUCUUAAUCCUAAUGACUGCAGCCAUCUGCCACGACCUGGACCAUCCAGGGUUCAACAACACGUACCAGAUCAACGCGCGCACGGAGCUGGCCAUUCGCUACAAUGACAUCUCACCCCUGGAGAACCACCAUUGCGCCGUGGCCUUCCAGAUCCUUGCACAGCCCGAGUGCAACAUCCUCUCCAACCUGCAGCCAGACGGCUUCAAGCAGAUCAGACAGGGGAUGAUCACGUUGAUCCUGGCCACGGACAUGGCGAGGCACGCAGAGAUCGUGGAUUCCUUCAAAGAAAAAAUGGAGAAUUUCGACUACAGCAACGAGGAGCACCUAACCCUUCUGAAGAUGAUUUUGAUAAAAUGCUGUGACAUCUCUAACGAGGUGCGCCCGAUGGAAGUCGCAGAGCCUUGGGUAGACUGCUUAUUGGAAGAGUAUUUUAUGCAGAGCGACCGCGAGAAGUCAGAAGGCCUUCCCGUGGCCCCUUUCAUGGACAGGGACAAAGUGACCAAAGCCACGGCCCAAAUUGGGUUCAUCAAGUUUGUCCUGAUCCCCAUGUUUGAAACAGUGACCAAGCUCUUCCCUGUGGUUGAGGAGAUCAUGCUGCAGCCCCUUUGGGAAUCCAGGGACCGUUAUGAGGAACUGAAGCAAAUAGAUGACGCCAUGAAAGAGAAGAAGACGAAGGGCCUGACACGUGGGGACUCCGACAAGUCCAGGGAGAAAAGCCGAGACGGGAAAAAAAGUGAAGCAGACCAUGCCUGAAGGAAGUGGAGCGUCCGCGGGUGUUCUGGACCCGGCGCCAGUCGGACGUUGUGAAAGCCAAUGUGGGGAUGAGCUGACCCCAGCGCCUGGCACCACACAACCAUGUUUUCUAAGAAUCAUUUUGUUCAGUGAUACAAAAAAAAAAAAAAAAAAAAAAAAGAAUUCAUGAUGCUGUACA